GCCGCUUGACAUCUUCUUCCAAUUUUGAUUUAUCAAAGAAAACUCCUUUGUGAGAGAUUAUUUAUGUACUCUUGAUUCAGAGAGGUAAAUUCUGUUAGGGGUUCGUUCGAUUUUCGCGCUUGUUUUUGUUUACUUAUGAUCGGAUUUGGUAUUUUGAACAGUAAUGAUCCAUUCGACGUUUACAGGAUAAUCCAAUUCCGAGUUUUCUGAGUCGUAAUUUAGAGAGAAUCCAAUUCGAUGGAUUUAGAUAUGAACGGAGGAAACAAGAGAGUCUUUCAAAGACUGGGCGGUGGCUCUAAUCGGCCGACGACGGACUCAAAUCAGAAGGUUUGUUUCCACUGGCGAGCUGGCCGGUGCAAUCGUUACCCAUGCCCUUACCUGCAUAGAGAAUUGCCGGGUCCGGGUUCGGGUCCAGUAGCAGCUUCUUCAAAUAAAAGGGUCGCUGAUGAAUCUGGGUUUGCGGGUCCGAGUCACCGGAGAGGGCCUGGGUUCAGCGGGACUGCUAAUAACUGGGGAAGAUUUGGUGGGAACAGAACGGUGACCAAGACGGAGAAACUUUGCAAAUUCUGGGUUGAUGGAAAUUGCCCUUAUGGUGAUAAAUGUAGAUACUUGCAUUGCUGGAGCAAAGGAGAUAGUUUCUCCUUGUUGACGCAGCUUGACGGGCAUCAGAAGGUUGUUACUGGGAUUGCUCUGCCUUCAGGAUCAGAUAAGCUUUACACGGCGAGUAAAGAUGAAACUGUGCGAAUAUGGGAUUGUGCUUCUGGACAGUGUACAGGUGUACUCAAUCUUGGUGGGGAAGUUGGCUGCAUCAUUAGUGAAGGUCCCUGGCUAUUGGUUGGCAUGCCAAAUCUUGUUAAGGCGUGGAAUAUCCAAAACAAUGCAGACCUGAGCCUCAAUGGACCUGUUGGCCAAGUAUAUUCAUUGGUUGUGGGUACUGAUCUAUUGUUCGCUGGCACACAAGAUGGCUCUAUUUUGGUUUGGAGAUACAAUAGCACCACUAGCUGUUUUGAUCCAGCUGCAUCACUAUUGGGUCACACGCUUGCAGUUGUCUCUUUAUAUGUUGGGGCAAACAGACUCUAUUCUGGUGCCAUGGACAAUUCUAUAAAAGUUUGGAGCCUGGAUAAUCUGCAGUGUAUUCAAACGCUUACAGAGCAUACAUCAGUUGUUAUGUCUCUCAUUUGCUGGGAUCAGUUUCUUCUGUCAUGUUCAUUGGACAAUACCGUCAAGAUAUGGGCUGCUACUGAAGGUGGAAACUUAGAAGUGACAUAUACUCACAAAGAAGAAUACGGCGUGCUAGCUCUCUGUGGCGUCCAUGAUGCAGAAGCCAAGCCAGUAUUGCUAUGUUCGUGCAAUGACAAUUCGUUGCACCUCUAUGAUUUGCCAUCGUUUACGGAAAGGGGCAAAAUUUUAGCUAAGCAAGAGAUUCGGUCAAUCCAGAUAGGUCCCGGGGGCAUAUUUUUCACCGGUGAUGGAAGUGGUCAAGUUAAAGUAUGGAAGUGGUCUACUGAGUCGACCCCUAUUUUGUCUUGAGGCGCAAAACAGAGCCCUAGUUCUUCACCUUUGUCAAAUCUCUUCUUCUCGGAGUGUCAAUAGUUCUUGUUUGUUUUGUUGUUCGAGAGAUUGUAAGUAGCAUCAAGGCAUCUGUCUCUCUGGCUCCAUUAAGUCUCUGCAGUUAAGACAGACGGCCGCAGAGAAGAUUAUGGACCACUGAUUGUAUCUACUAUUAUAUUGAUUUGAUGUCAGAGCAGAGACAUGGUCUGAUCAGUUCCAGAGACGCGUAUGGAUCUGCCCACGUUGGUUGCAGACUUACUGUUCUUACUUCUUAGGCAUAAGAAACUUUUGUCCCUCUUUGGUCAACAUUCUUGUCAUGUAAUUUAUGGCAUAGAUCUUUGUAGUCAUGUUUCAGUGUAAUAAAAGAGAUGAUUUAUCAUAAAGAGAAUUUCUUAC